GUCAUUCCACAGAUUUUGAAGUGCACAGGAACUGGCUUGCCAUUACUCACAGCCUACCAGCCUCUCGGUGGUACUAUGAGAUAGUUUAACCGGCAAGUUUUGCUUUUAAGAUCUGCUUGUCCCUGGAAGCUGAACAAACCUCUCAAGCAGGCAAUUGCAGCCUCUUUUGCCUGUCCUGUCAGCCUUCCUAGAUUAAAAAGUGAAGGUCUCUCUCUGGGUUAGCCCAGCGAACUGAUCCAGAUCGUUCCCCUUUACACAGACAAGAAUAGCAACAACCGACCGGUUUGCAAUAAUUUGGGCAACUUCUGAAUGGACCUUGGAUUACCCUCCCUUUUUUGCCUGGUUCGAGUGUAUGCUUUCCUACGCUGCGGUGUACUUUGACAAAGAGAUGUUGUCCGUACAGAACCUCAACUAUGCCAGCCAAAUGACCAUCCUUUUCCAAAGGCUAUCAGUGAUCGCUACGGAUACGCUCUACAUCUAUGCUGUGUACCAAUGCUGCAGUUGUGUAAACGGGAAGCGAGGCGGAAAAGACCUAUUGGAGAGCCCACCGUUUGUUCUUUCAGUCCUCCUCUUGUGGAAUUUUGGCCUCUUAAUUGUGGAUCAUAUUCACUUCCAAUACAAUGGUUUCCUGUUUGGAUUGCUGCUGCUUUCCAUUGCACGAUUAUUCCAGAAAAGAUACUUGGAGGGAGCUUUUCUCUUUGCUAUCCUCCUGCAUUUCAAGCACAUCUACCUCUACGUAGCUCCAGCCUACGGCAUCUAUCUACUCCGAUCUUACUGCUUUCCCCAAAAUAACCCAGAUGGAUCUCUUCGGUGGCGCAGUUUCAGUUUUCUGCGUGUAAUCAUGCUCGGAUUAAUGGUCUGCCUCGUUUCUGCCGUUUCCCUGGGGCCCUUUCUGGUUUGGGGUCAACUUCCUCAACUUUUCUCUCGCCUCUUCCCUUUCAAACGCGGCCUCUGCCACGCAUACUGGGCCCCAAACGUUUGGGCGGUGUAUAACUCCCUUGACAAGAUGUUGUCAGUGCUUGGGCUGAGGUAUCAAUGGCUUGACCCUGCAAAAAUACCUAAGGCAGCCAUGACAGGAGGGCUGGUUCAGGAAUUUCAGCACAGCGUCCUCCCUUCUGUGACCCCACUGGCAACCUUAUGCUGCACCGCCGUCUCAAUGCUGCCUUCUGUUUUCUGUCUUUGGUUUAAACCCCAAGGGCCCAGAGGAUUCCUCAGGUGCUUGGUUCUCUGUGCGCUAAGCUCCUUCCUGUUCGGUUGGCACGUCCACGAGAAAGCCAUUCUCCUCGCCAUUCUCCCUUUGAGCUUGCUGUCUGUGGAGAGGUCAAGAGAUGCUGGCAAUUACCUAAUACUGUCCACUACGGGGCAUUUUUCCCUCUUCCCACUGCUGUUUACCACACCAGAGCUGCCCAUUAAAAUACUGCUGAUGCUCCUCUUUUCGGUGUACAGCUUCUCCUCCCUGAAGGCCCUGUUCAGGAACGAGCCUCUGCUUCACUGGCUGGAAAAGGUCUACCUCAUUGGGCUGAUACCCAUAGAAAUCACCUGUGAAAUUGUGUUUCCUUUUACUUCCUGGGCUCAAAAACUGCCUUUCCUGCCUUUGUUGCUCACCUCAGUGUAUUGUGCUUUCGGCCUUAUUUAUGCCUGGCUCAAGCUCUACAUCUCGGCCUUCCUAGGACCAUCGGAAGGCAAACCAAAAAAAGAGCAAUGAUUUGUAUAUCAUGGGUUCCAAGCCAGCAAAGAUCAUUCCAGAAAGUUCACAACCGCAACAUGUGCUAACAUGGGACAUCCUGUACCAAUUCCAGAAAUGGAAGUUAAAAACUCGUUUUUUUUAAAGAUGUGGAGACCUGAAACGAAUUGGAAAGUAAUUAGGUUUUUUUAUACCGGUGUGACCUGAAUGCAAUAUUGGUUAUUUCGAUAAUUGCGGUUGCAAGAAAAAAAAAAUCAACGUUUUUGCUUAUUUCAAAUUAUUCUGUCUCCAAAGGCCGUCGGGAUGUGCUGAUAACAAAUACAGAGGAAACAAGAACAAUUUCUUUCUCCCCAGUUUGAGAUGUAAUAUAUAUAUAUAUUCCUUAUUUUGAAUUAUAAGGAAAAACAGAUUUGCAAAUUUAAGAGAUGGGACCUUGCAUGUAU